GGACUGCGCUGGCUGGCAGUGGCGGUGAAGUCGAGCCCUGCUUUGGAGCUGGGGAUGCCAGCCAGCAGAGCAGACACUCCGAACGCACCUGGUUAGCUCGGGUUACUCUGCGUCGGGAAGGGCGCCUCCGACGACCUAACUAACCGCACAAGAGGAAGCAAGGACGGGGCGGGGCGUACUCGGAGGACAGGCUAUGUGCUGCGCACGCGCAUAAAGAGCUGCUCCGCUCCCGACGACGACGAGGGGGAUUCAUGCGCAGAGAGAGUGUUGACGGUUGCCAAGGAAACGGUCACUGCUUAGUUGCGGAGGAGAGCAGAGAAGCCGCCGCGCGCCCGGCGAUUCGUCGCCAUCAUGAGCAUCCAGCCGGUGCAAGGGCUGCCUCUCCUGCCGGGCUCCUCAUUUCGGGACCCCACGAAAGAGGUUUUUUUCAAAAGACUUGAAAGCUGUGACAUACUUUAUUGACAGUUCCAUAUCCCUGGCAUGGAAUCUUCUUGUACCCAGAAAACUGCUUUUCAUCGCUCUCAGACUCUGGGGUACAAGAAUGGUUUUGCCUUCAAGCGAUUGCCAACUGUGGGAAUAGGUGGAGGUCGGAUUCAUGUCAACCAGCUGUCCCAAGCUGAAUUGGAUGAACUGUCCAACAAGAGACCCACCUUAACCUAUGGUCAACCCAAACAAGCCCCACCUUCAGACUUCAUCCCAGCUCAUGUGGCUUUUGACAAAAAGGUGCUGAAGUUUGAUGCUUACUUUCAAGAAGAUGUCCCCAUAUCUACUGAAGAACAUUUCCGUAUCCGCCAAGUGGGCAUUUAUUACUACCUAGAAGAUGACAGCAUGUCCGUCAUGGAGCCUAUCGUGGAAAACUCUGGGAUUCCCCAGGGCAAAUUCAUUAAGCGACAGCGCCUACCCAAAAAUGAUCGUGGGGACAAUUAUCAUUGGAAAGAUCUGAACCGAGGUAUCAACAUCACCAUCUAUGGCAAGACUUUCCGGAUAGUUGAUUGUGAUCCGUUCACACAGACUUUCCUAGAGAGUCAAGGAAUUGAAGUGAACCCUCCUGAGAAAAUGAUUUUCGACCCUUACACAGAGCUACGAAAAAUGCCUCUGCGCAUGUAUGUCACGCCAACGGAUUUUGAUCAACUCAAGCAGUUUUUGGCCUUUGACAAAAAAGUCCUCCGUUUCUAUGCCAUGUGGGAUGAUACCGAGAACAUGUUUGGUGAGAACCGGUCUUUUAUCAUCCACUAUUACUUGGCGGAUGAUACCGUGGAGGUACGGGAAGUCCAUGAACGCAACGAUGGAAGAGACCCUUUCCCGGUGCUGAUAAGACGCCAACGUCUGCCCAAAACACUUGUGGAGAAGAAAGGAACCUUUCCAUCCUGUGUGCUGGAGAUCUCAGAUCAGGAGGUCCUCGAAUGGUUUACAGCUAAGGAUUUUGCUGUUGGCAAAUCCACUACCCUGCUUGGGCGCACUUUCUUCAUCUAUGACUGCGAUGAGUUCACUCGGCAGUUCUAUCAGGACAAGUUUGGCAUUUCAGACUUCCAGCCAGUCGAUGUAACAAAGCCACCUGCUGAGAAAGUGAAACAGAUAAUCCCUCCCUACAAUGGUUAUGGCUUCCUUGAUGACUCCCUCCAGAACUGCUUCAGCUUGAUUCCACAACCACCGAGGAAAAAUAUCAUUAAGAUGCUGGAGAACGACCAUAAAGUGUUGCGCUAUGCAUGUCUACUGGAAUCUCCAAAUCCCGAGGACAGAAAGCGUCGUUUUGUCCUCUCCUAUUGCCUUGCCACUGACAUGAUCAGCAUCUAUGAACCACCUGUGCGCAAUUCAGGCGUCAUUGGUGGCAGAUACCUCGGCAAAACAAGAGUCGCCAAGCCAGGCUCCUCUCCGGAUGACCCUGCUUACUAUGAACCAGCUGACUUCACCGUUGGAGCCACAAUAGAAGUGUUUGGCCACAGGUUCGUUAUCACAGAUGUUGAUGAAUAUGUCCUGAGUUACAUAGAAAGCAAUUUGGAGAGCUUCCCACCAGCCGUUGUGCAGUCCAUGAGGAAUCAUUUUGCACCUCGCCAGGCAGCAUUAGAGGCAGUAAAGAGGUUAGCUUCAAGGGAGCCGGACAAGCAAGAGCUGGAUGCAUUACUUGAGCAGAUGCAGGAACACAUGAGGAGACAUAACUACUUGCCAGAUAGCAGCAUGGAGGCAACAUUCCUCCAGCAAGACAAAGAUGGCUCAGGCCUCCUGGACAGAUCAGAGUUCUUUGCCCUUUGUGACCACUUUAACAUACCUGUUGAUGACCCCCUUUUCCAGAAGCUCAUCAACUUGUGUUCGCACGGGGAAAACCAGAUAAGGUAUCCCAGAUUUCUCAGAGCUUUCCAGUUCUCAUCUCCACAAAAUGCCUAAAAGAAGUCAGGAGUUCUCCAUAUAGAUUAUUAAAAUAUGCUGAUACCCGA